CAACUUCUUAAAUGAUAAACCUACUUACAGACCUUAUAUAGUUACAUAGCAAACCCUGAUUAUGUACAAACUACAAAGGACGAAUAAUAUUGUGCGAAAAUGACGGCCUCCUCUAUUACCUAAACUUAAACAAAAUCAACACAUACCAAAACUGCAACGAUUUUUAACACGUAAAGAUACUCAACUAUAGAUAGUUAGUGUCUUUUGAUAAGACUCACAAGGCGGCAUAUAUAUAUAGCAAAAUAGCGAAACAUAUUAGAUGUAGCGCAAAAUAGUUGUAUGUGAGAUCUGCUAAAAUGGUCAUAAGAACCCAACAUCUUCCUUAUAAUGUAAACAACAACAAAAACAACAACAUGAGCGCAACAGCAACAAAUCUAACAAACACCACAACAAAGACCACUACGGGGCUAUCCAAUUAUUUUUUGAAGAAAAAGCGAAAAUUAUUUUUAUUUAAAUUUUUCGAUACUUUUAAUUGUGCUAAAGAAACGGAUCGAGUAAAAUUGUUAGACGAAACAUCACAACAACCAAAUAUGCCACCAACAGUAGCAACAACAAAACAGACCGCGGUUACUAGGAAACAUAGCGAUAUUAGUGCUGAAAAUGAAAGAUUGUCGGAAAAUUGUACGCAAGUUUGUUUAAUAUGCCGACAGGAGAUGGUGGACAGUUGCAUAGAAUGUGGCCAAGUUAUGAAGUCAAGCAAGUGUGUGAGUUAUAUUAGUUGUAUGAAUAGUGUGAGUAGUGUGAGUAGUAUCAAUGCCAGCCACAGAUCCCAUAACACCAAUACAAAUGACAUACCUAGUAGAGAUGAAGAAAUGAUGUAUAUAAAUAGAAUAUCACACCUAAACAACAAAUAUGCUGAAUUUGACAGCACAAAACAAUGCGCAACAACAACGCAACUUGAUUUACAUCACCAGCAGCACCAACAGCAACAACAACCGCAACAACAUCAUUGCCAGUCGCAUCCUCAUCAUCACUGCCAUUGCAACAAAAAGUGUAACAAACUAGCAACAGUGCUAUGUAACAGCUGUUGCUAUAAAAAUAAACGACAAUAUAGUUCCUGCCCAACAACAACAGCAACAACCACAUUGAAUUGUUUAUGCAAACAUUUUUGUAAAUGCUCGAACAUAGCUAAUGCAAAUGAAACGGCGAGUAGCAUUGCUAUUACAACAAAUAUGAAUAUAACAAAUAAAGAAAUGAUUCCUUCAACAACGGUUAUCAGUAUAAAAUCAUCAACAACGUCAACGUCAACAUCACCAACAUCGCUAUCGCUAUCUGCAAGAAAUACAACAACGAAUGCAAUACCGUUAACUAUGGAUCAUCCAAUGAAUGCAAGUUUGUUUGAUGGAACUACUAAACUAACGGAAGGUACAAAUAUUAAAGGCAACAACAACAAUAUUAAAACUGGAAACUCCCCGAGAAGUGAGAGAGAGAGUGAGAGAAAACCGUCUCUAGUAUAUCGUUUCUUAUUGAUAACACUUCAAUAUAUGCAAAUUUACAUGCGAACGCAUGUCAACUUUUUUUUCAAUAAAAGACAACAAUGUCCUCCAUUGUCAAGACUGAUAUUUCUUUAUAAUUCCUAUUCUAAAAAUAAUGAUUAUAAUAAUUAUAAUUGUAAUAGUAAUAAUUAUCAUUUAAACAAUAAUGCUAAAAAGGCAAACAAUAAAAUGGCAAUCGCAGCAAAUAAACAAAUUCUAAAAGCAUCACAACAUAAACAUACACAAAAAGAAAAACAAAAACAACGCCAACAACAUCCACAACAUAAACAUCACUCCUCCGGACACCAAGAUCAUGACCCGCGGUUUUUGUCUCAUCCCUUCAAGCGACAACCAUAUCUAAGUUGCAUCGAUCAAUUAACUCGAUCGCUUAUGUAUCUGAUUUUAAUAAUGGUUGCGUUGUCCAUCAUAGUGCCAACGACACAAGCACAAACAUCGCAUCAAUCCUCGACAGCAACUGGAACUGCAUUAGCCACUGGUAUAGCAGCAGCAGCAGCAGCUGUCGGUUCUACCACAUCACAAGUCACACUAUCACGUAACGAAACUGGUAAGUAUCUAAAGUAAUAUACAUUUUCAUAUUUAUGCUAAUUUCUCAGUCUUUAAUUUACGAAUAUUGCAUAUGAUUUC